AUGAGUCGCGACUUGGGAGCUGGUGCCAUUCCUCCCCACUGCCGCUGCAUGAUCGGCCAUCAGCGUCCGGAGAAGUCUUCCAGCUCUCCCGGCAUAGUUGCUCUACCCACAACUCCGCCAGACUAUGUAAACGACUCCAGAUGUUUCUUGCCGUGGCAGUGGGUCCUUCGGCCUCAUGAUCUGACGCCUUAUUGUUGCCUCCGGUAUGUGUACAGCUCCGAGUUCAAGGGGUGUAAGAAGGCGGUUGACGGCUUCCGAGACAUUCUUCACGUACAGGAGAGCUCGCCAAAAUUUGGGGCCGCUUGGAUUUGGUCUGUCGUCUCGUUUCCACAUGCACUGGCUGACGAAGUUGUGCGAGUUGCCGUUCGCACUAAGCGCCUGACGAAGAUAUUGUAAUUCAACGAUUUUGUAUUCCGGUCCACUGAAGCGCGUCUUCACACACUGGUAUAUCACUCUUACGCAACUGCGUUUGUGGCUGACACGGCGAUUACUGUUUUACCUCAGCACUUGCGUUGUAUUUGCCGCUUUUCUGAAUACUUUGGUCUUUAUACCGCCACAUUCUUUGAAUGAUGCAAUGGGCACGAGGGGAACCCCUCUUUGUACCCUCUUGGAAGGUCCUUAUCUGGUUCUGCCUCUGAAUAUGCGUUCCAGUGCGAAUCCGAAACGUAAGGCUAAUAUAACUCUUGUCCCAGUAAUUAUGUCUACUUCUCUUGCAGUAUUUCAUGGCACUCCUAUUUGAUGUUUCAAUAGACGAUAAAAGCCUAGUUAUACCCUGUUGAAGACCUUUGCUUCAAUUUGGUAUAAGAGUAAUUCCAUCGCCUCCUGUGACGCGACUGUUUACACAGAGGCCUCUCUUUUACCUCGUCCAAAACUCCGUUUCCUUGACUGUAGCACAGUCCAUGUUAGAACGCCACUCUGACUGCUAACUUUCCGUAUUUCAUAUUGGUUGUUCUAAGUCUGGUCCAGCUUUGAUGAUCUGACCGAAGAGGCGAGGCUGUGACAUACGCCCUUUCUCUCCCCUCUUUCCUCUUUCCCCGAAAUCCAUACUUAUUCGUUUACUUCUUACUUUCCUUCGGUAGACGUCGGCAUCUGGUUGUCGACUGUGGAAAUUAUACUUUCAACAGCAUACUCACCAUAUUCAUUUGCUUGGAGCACUAUGACUCAGCCGACGUUUUGCCAUCUACCCUGAAAAUAAACCGUCUGAAAGCUUGCUCACCGAGCUUAAUUGCCUGGUGACAGCCUAGGCCAAUAGGGCGCAGAAAAAAAAAUAUGGCAACUUUACACGACAGCAUAACGGGGGUUCAGUCUACAGAUAUGGUGUAGUAUUUACUUGCUGUGACCUAUGGUUAUAUGGAGAGAAUUCAAGAUUUAAAUGAUUCUGGGUCUAGUAGGGGAUAUACAGUUCAGAAAUAUGUGUGGUCCAAUGAAAUGGCCUUACUUGGAGUCGCUUCUGUUGGCACCGUUCUCGCAAGAGUUUUGAACAUCACUCACCAGUGACGUUGGGGGCAAGCGGGCGCACAUACAAAGGAACUCUACCUGUUUCAUUUACAAUGUCAACGGAACUCUGGACAAAAUGCUGCGGUGAGCGCAGAUACCAUCAGUAUAAUCUCCGUUCAGUAUAAUAUUUAAUCUAUCGGAUCAGGUGGUCGAGCCAUUGCCUCUCGGUAGCACAGACCGGAGUCCUCAAAUACAGGGUUACCAGCGUUCGGGUUUGAAUCACAAAAUAUAUUGCCGGAUCAACAGUGUUGACUCUGAACCCAGUUGAUUUGUUGGGAUCCCACUCGACUUCAGGCAUGUCUGACCCUACGGAUAUUACUAACUUCUAGCAUAGCCAGCUGGAGGACAGACAAACGUUACCUUCUAUUCCGGUUUUUCGAUCAUACUCUCCUCGUGUAUAAUAGGACUUGGAGUCUAACCUCCGUUACAUUUCGCGAGGAAUUAUUUAAAAAUCAGUAGCCCAGACACGGCGUUGAUGGAGUCAGAAGAAACACUGCGGUAGAAAUAAAGCAGUUCCGAUAUUUAGCGACAUUAAGUGAGACUUGACGCAGGUUCGGAUCUUGGGUCUUCCCCUGAAUUCGGGCAUGACUGUCCGAAGAGACGGGGGAGUUCAGAAACCACCGCCUCGGUCGACCCAACUGUUGUCUGAGAAUUCCCCUUUACUGGUUUAUUGCCGCUUUGUGACAGUCUGCAGGUAUUCUAGACCAAUACAGAAUGGAGAACUCGUAGUACGCCUUUCAGGCAGGACAGACAGAUGAAUGCCCUUCUCGCGAGCCUACUAGCAGUGAAUAGGAUAGCCAGACAUCAGCGAACCCCCCCCCCCUUCCCUGUUAAUAAUUUGCCGUGAGUUCUCCGUCACGCCGUCACCCUCCAGCGUUUGGACUCCUUCCUCACGAGGUCUACUAGAAAGCCAAAACCGAAGCCCCCACCCAGUCCCCCCCCCUCCUCCCUCCGCAGAGCUGCGGCGCGUUGGCGCUCUCGCAGGCAGCCUCCCGCUGGCCCGAUAGUGGCGGCGGCGGCGGUGGCGCUAUCAGUUUACAUCGUUAAGUCGUCAUCCCUUUAAACGGUUCUUCCCCCCCGACUGCCAGUGAAGGUCUCCUAUCGUCCCCCGCGCCUGCUAACGGCCGCUGGUCGAACAAUGGUAUCCCGCGUGGACUUUCAUAGGUCUCACACGUGCCCUUAACACGCCCUACCCCGCGGGCAAAACAGCCUCCACAAUGACUCUUGUGGGCCAGGGGGGAGGCGCGACUUGUUCACUUUACGCGAGUAGUAAUCGUGUCUGCUUUCGCGUUCGCCUUUUGGCACCAGAUGUUGCACAGGUGGCGGAGUCACUCUGCCGUUUCAUGUUCCUACUCUGAACGCUUCCAGCGAAAGAGGCACUGACUUUACUGAAGUGUAAAUCGUUUCACUCCAAAUAUUCAUGUGAAAUAAACCCUUCCAACGUGAGCAUUAGUCGUUUCAGAUGAGAGUUAGUCUGAAAUGUCACCACCGGCCCCAUGAAAUCGACCCCAGACCUCUCUGUCCCCCGUGAGCGCGGCAAGCCCCAGCACCAUUUCCCGCUACUGAUGACGGUAGUAAAAAAGCAAUAUCGGAGACAGUGUCACGUACAGUGAGUGACCGAACUCAUGAAAUGUUGGCCGAAAUUCUAAUACGCGCUUUCGACUAGGAAGGACAACUUAGGUGGGAGUGUAAUACUGAUUACCAUGUGACAUCAUCUUAUAAUAUUUCGGACUCGCCGGGAUGUCGGCUUUUGAAUGCACUUCUUUCUAACAUCCUGUAGAAACUGCACUUGGUAAAAAAUUCCUAUUUAAGUAGCAUGCAGUUUUUACAUUGAUUUUCGAUCGUCGGAUAAAUUCAAAUAUAUUACAUAAAAAAAACAUGCAAAGAACAUGCUUUCUCUUACUCGUUUGGUAGAGAAUCACGUUGUCUCUGCAUUGUAUGCCUGAAGAAGGGGUAUAUUUAGGUUUUAAAAGGCUUCCCAAUCCCCGAAUGAUUUGAGCCUGAUCAGUCGUUGCAUCAGCGUUUACCGAUUUCAGUCUACAAGAUGCAUGCUUUCUGCGUAAGGAAAAUCAUAUGCUCCUCUAUUCCCUUAAAAAGAUACCACAUAGAGUUCAUAAAAUUUUGCAAUUGAUGCGGACUAUGUUGUACAUUUCAUGAGAAAUAUUGGCAAACAGAUAAGUACGGUGCUGUAUGAAUGGACAUUGCCCGGUCUUAAAAAAUCUCCUAAUUAGAAACAUUUUUAAAAUCCAAAUAUACCCUUUCUUCAGGUAUAAAAUGCAAAGACAGCCUGAUUCUCUACCAAAUGAUUAAAAGAAAGCCUAUUUUCGUGCAUGUUUUCUAUAAAAUAUAUUUGUGGUAGGAUUCAUUUUCCCGCACCACCUCCCUCACAGCCGUCCUGCGAGGCAUUUUAUACUGACGAUUUGGAAAAAAAUUUAGUGACUCUCAAUCCUAAUGGGGUUUGAUUUCGCAGGGAAGUACUGUUUGUCGGGACUUCUUUCCAGUCUACCCAAGGAGCCAUCUCUGGCUUAUUUAAGAAAAAGUCAAAACGGGUGGCCAUUUGGUGUCCUGAAAUCGGGCCACACAUGCAGUCAAAUAGUCCGAGCAUAGAUGAAAAGCGUGGCCGCCACCUCCACAUGCCUACGUACACCGUUGCCCUGCUUGUUGAUAGAUCAUCACCCAACGAGUUUUCAGCACCAAUUAGAGACGCCUACCGCAUGUGCCACUAGACCCUGACGCAGGACACCCCGGGGGAAUGUGUCACGACAGCUUAACCCAUAAGGAGACCCUAGCCCAGCCCUGAAAAGAAAGAGGAGUUGGACGCCAGUUGGGAGGAUACUGUACUCGGUAUAGGGCAAUUGCAGAGCCGGUAGGAAUAAGUUGACAACCGGCGGAGUGAACAGCGUCAUGAAAGCGGGGCCCAAGUGGCAGCUGGGAAUGCGUCACGAGAGUUUGACCGUCGUCACCAACAAUGUCCACCGUGUGCUCCACAGUGAGCUGAGAGCAGGCACGGUGACUUGCGCGUACUUUAGAUUAUGGUGAAAGUUGACUUGCGUAGCAUCCACCACACUCUCUCCUCCGCCCCGCAUGGACCCGGUGUCAAGACAGAGUCAAGAAGAUCGGAGGUGGGAGAGGGCGCAGGUGGCUAGCACGUCCGGAGCCGCACCUAGGCGUGCCAUCACACCUGGCUUGGAUCCCACACAGUGGGAGUGCCAUAAAGGCCACAUAAGAAGGAGCCAUUGCAGCCUGACUCCUAGAGCACCAGUCGGUUGCGUCGCACAAACACACAACACUGGGCUGACUGUGAUGUUCAGGUUUCCCGUCAGUUGGCAACCCUCCAAGUCACGGCUUUUAGCGCACCGUGAUAGCUUCAAGUGUGUCAGAUUGUUAAUGGUGAGGGAAACGCGCUGAGUCGUCGACCGCGCUCUUCUUUCCCACUUCCAGGCCCUUGUCAUUGCCAUUGGUCGAGCCGGCCGGUUGACAGUACGUGACCUAUCUCAUGAAAUCUGAUAACGGAAACAGAUGACAGAAUUUCUGGACGCCUUUAACGUGGCGCAUUUUGUUCGCUCACCCACAUCCUUCAAUGAAAUGUCCUUUUCUUGUGCAAAAAUUGUGUUAACGUAAUUAUAUCAAGUAAAAUAUCAUUAAAAUUUAGCGAAAAUAGACGUUGGAAUAUAUUCGUGCAAUUUCCUAUGCUAAUACAUGUCCUAGACUCCAGUUACGCAUCUGAGCGAGUUUUUCAUUGAAAGAAUAGUAAUUUACUCACGAGAGUUUUAAUAAACAGAUUUAGCCGAACUAUAAAUUUUAUUUCAGGUCCGACGUUAACCAUGUUUUUUAACCUGCUAAGAAAAAGGUUACUUAAAGAAAACCAGAGGUUUUAUCAAUCCUUUUAUGUCAAAUUAGCAGAUCUGUGCGAUUUGGUGCCCUGAAGUGCAAUAAUAAAGCAGAUAGAGAUUCCUUCGUUUAAGCGGGUUGAUUUUUUUGCCGUUUGGAAAAUUCUACCUGAUGUCACAUAGAUGACCACCACGGAAUGUUCAUUUCCAGCUUUAAACAUAUGACACACUACUUUUCUAGUAUUUUAGCUUCUGCGCAUACUUUUUUCAGAAAUAGAACGAGCAAAACAUUUUUAGUUUCAUCAAAAUAUCAGUAUUUAUAUGGGCGCUCUGCCGAGCAUUCGUAAUCGAAGAACGGAGUCUAAAAGCCAGCAAAGACAGUGGAAAUGGCCUCAAUGUAUAGAGAAAGGCAUGUUCUUGCGUUUACGGUAGAAAAAUAUUAGUAUUGCUUAGGGCCGUGAAAGAAACCGUCAAAAGUGUCAGAUUUUUACUUGGUCUCGCCGUGCAAAAAUGCAAAGUACACAGAGAUCCGUCGACGGAGUGCAGUAAUAGAGCACUUCCUAAGGAGGUAACUUAUUAAAGAAAGUUUUCUUAUUGAUCCAAGGCAUAUUCGUUGGUGACUUUCGUUGUGGUCAGUCAUUUUUCUCGAAAAUGAAGUUUGAUGUUUGAAUGAGUCUUCCCGUGUUACCCAAAUGACUAGUUUCAUGAAAGGGAGUGCCCGAUCACCCACUGCUUCGGUAAAUGCCUUCAAGAACAAUCUUAUUUUAAAGUUCUCAACAGACUGGUAAUUCAGAAUUUGUCUUUAUGGGCGACCGGGUGUAAACACUGAAAGUCGUGAAGUAUUCAGAAAUAUUUCGAGACCGAUCUGAAAAUCAACGUAAUCCAAAACAAAGGAAAAGUAGAAAGUAAUUUGACGGAAGAAAAGUUCUCUCUAUAAACACAAAAUGGUAUGUUUACGAUCACGCUUGUCAGUUCUAUUGAAAUUUAUUAGGCAACGGCCGGCCUCAUGACGUGUCAUCUUAUGAAAACUUCUGAUCCUACGACGUCCCCAUCGGCGAAAUCAAGCAAAAUCCAGCUUCUCUUGUUGAACCCCAUCUCAUUUAACACCAAAUAGCGAAAGAAAUCAUGAAACACUGGAAAACUGUUUUGGAAUCUACACCCAGAUUGUAGGCAGUUGACAAACCGUCAUAUAUGAAGUCACAUUACUUAUUAAACGACAUUUCGAUGUAAAGUUUACUAAAACACUCUUAUUAGACGUAAUUUCAUGUCUACCUUCAUAUUUUCUACGUUUUUAUUAUGAGAAUACAUUCUGUACAUCUAAAAACGAACUUUACUUAAUUAGAGCCAAUUCUGACGUUUUCGGGAUAUUGCGCUUUUCAAAAUAAAUCGACAUUUCUAAACAACGCAACACUGCCUUUAACAAUUUUUAUGCUUUUAAUUCUUUUGAACUUGUACUUAAUUAACAUAGACAUUUGACUCAUGAAAUGGUGUCGGUUUGCGAGUGAUUGGCAAUCAUUAGUAAAUUUCGACACAUUUCAUGAGUUAGGUCACUAAGUGUAUAUAGUGACCCUGUCUGCGAGCGACACGUGCACGGCAUGGCCCACCAAAAACAAGCACCAAGAUUUCACACAGCGGAGGUUGGGCGGCGUAUAUUUCACAUGCGUGAGAGUAACGUAGGUCACGUUAAGAAGGAAAUGUUUCAGCCUGGCUUUCAGCCCACCAGUCAACCACUCCACACACACACACACACACACACACACACACACACACACACACCGCCCGUCGAUUUCAACGAUGUCCACCGUAUGCCCCACAACAGGUGGUGGGAGCAGGACGGUGAGUUGCGCAGGGGUUUAUAAUGCCAGUAGACUUGCGCUGCAUCUACCACAUUCCCUCCUCCCCCGCCUGAGCCUGGUGUCAAGGGAGAGUCAAGAAGACCAGAGACGAGGAAGGCCGCAGGUGGAUUGCUUGAACGGAUGCUCACCUUGGCGCUCCACUCCGCACCCCCUGGUCCACACAACAAAUGACCAGGACUUUGACCACAAAACAAUGGGGUGAUGGCAGUGGUCCGAGUUGUGCGACGACUGCCGACAACAGGGUUUGCCAGCGCACCCCUUAAGUGUUGGCAUUUGUCCUUGCGCAAGAUAGCGCCUGCCAGAGUCCAAUAUGGCCCCCGUGUUGGUUCUGCGCAUCUGCCACGUGGCCCACUGAAGGGGGGGGGGCAAUAUUGGUAUGCAGUGCUCACAUCACACCACUCACCUCUGAAAGUCGCAUUAGUUUUACCUCUUUAGUUGCUUUUACUUAAGAGCCCUUCCAAUCGGUGACCCAACCUGCAGUCGACAAAUAAUCGAACUUCCAACAUGUAAAGUUAAAAAAUUUAAGAAGGAAGUCAAAGAAAGUCAAAAAAGUAUUUGGGGUUGAAUUAGAGACUUUUUAACUGUUCAGUGCUGCCUGAUACAGUCAGUGUCACUAUGGAGAAUAGUUGAAUUUUAUGUAAUAUGAGCAGUAUGGUAUUACCGACAAAGGCAAAGGGAGACUGGAAUGGCCGUUUCUGACUUGUUAGCCGUCGUCAGCCAGUUAUACUCAACGCGACAGGGCAAUGGGCUCGUGGCCCAGUGGUUAGAGGCGUGGACUUCUAACUAACAGGUCGCGAGUUCGAGCCUCGGGUGUUCCACACUUCGGACUUAGGUAUGACUGGCUGAUGACGGCUAAUAAGCUAGAAAUGGUCAUUCCAGUCUCCUUUGUCUUUGUCGGUAAUAACACACUGCCUAUAUCAUGCGCCGCUGUGCGGCUGCUGGUUGGGCUCAAGAGAGAGCCCUUAAGGCACAACGGAACGAGUGAGUUCCGUAAGGACGAUCAGUGAGCGCCCCCUACCAUGUAAUACGAACUCGCUCAUCCGGAUGCAGGCCUAUGCAAACUAAAAGCUGAUGUAAAUCUCAAACGUGGUCUUCUCUGCAUUCACUGGAUUGUGGCUCUCUCGGUGGGGUCCACCGCAGAGGCGCUGAGCGGGAACGGGGUACAUAACGGCUCGCUGCGCGCGCUUACCAGGCUGCGAUUACUCGGCAUUUGGUCAUAGCUACCACCGUACGUAUGUGUAGUGUUCCGUCUUGGAUGCAGGCUCUCAUUGCGCAUCAGCCAUUGCGCCCAACUCCAUCAUUAAGCUGGAUGGCCGGCUCGGGGAGUCGACCGUUGCAUGAGUACAGGGAGAGACGAUGAAGUCAGUGCUGGACAAUCAUGCGCUCUUACGACAUAUCAGCCUUGACUUGGAGGUCAGGCAACCGACUGGCUAACCCGAUCCUCUUCUCGGGAUGAAGACUCAGGCUCAGUGGCCCCUUCUUAAAGUAACUUUCACGAAGCCCCCACCCACUUGAGCUUCGAGCCGCCUGGUCAUGUGCAGCACGCAUAGACGGGCUGUUUAACCUUGUCAGCCACUGCGGCCCAGCCCACUCCCGGCCGUCUUGAUGCCGUCACGCCAGCGAUGUCCGCUGGGUGAGGGAGGGGAGGGAGCGCGGUAGGUGCUGUGCAAGUCUGCCUCACCAUAUACUAAGUCCUCCGCAAGUCACCGCUGCUGCUGCACGGGGGCAUGCGUUAGAUGACGUCGCUCGUGACUACUCAACUGUCGUAUCCGGCUGAAUUUCAACAUAAGGCAGGUGUAUCAGGGAUCUCGCAAGGUUUGCGUCAGUGCUCUUCCGUCCGAACUACUGGUUGGGUACCCGCCCGCAAGACUGAAAAAGUUGGCACAUCGGUUCCGCCAUGGGGUUCUUCUUAUUCGGCAGUGGGAUUCUAUCGACUGCCUACGGCUUACCACCAAUUGACUUUUCUCUUUCUCGUAACGCAGACUAGCUCGGAUGUUGGGUGUUUCAACUGCAACUUUUUAAAAGACAUUUUCUUCGUUACUAUGACCCAAAACACAACGGGACAAAUAUGUUCCGUACUCCGAUCAGUGAACGUCCCUCCAACAUAGAGUCCGUCAGUAUCAAGUCGCGAGUUUCCGCACAUGCCGUGCAGUCCAUCGAAACCCAACAGCCUGCAUUACCAAGGUAAACAUCCCCGAUUUCACUAGAGUUCUCGGCCUGUGUGGACAACCUGGUUGCGGUAACCGAAAAAAUAUACGACUCACAAAACACUGCAUGCGUGGAAAAAACGGGGCAUGCGUUAGACGUCGUCGCUUGGGACGGCUCAAUUGCCGUAUCCGGCUGAAAUUCAACAGAAUGCAGGUGCAUCGCGGAUCUCGCAAGGCUCGUGUUACUGGCUGAGUACCCGCUUGCAAGUCUGAAAAGUUGUUACAUCCAUUUAGCCUGGGGUUCUUCUUAUUCGGCAGUGGGAUUCUGUUGAUCGCGUAUAGCUUUCUGCCAACUCUCUUUCCACUAACGUAAACUAGUUCGGAUUUUGGGGGUCCCAGCUAGAGCUUGUUAGGUUUCUUUAAGAGCCGUUUUUUUGUUACAGUGACCCAAAGUACAACGGGACGAGUACGUCCCGUAAUCCGACCAGUGAACGCCCUGCCAACAUAAUGUCGGGCAGUAUCUAGUCACGAGUUUCUGCACAGACUGAGCCUCAGGAGCUUGCAUUACCACGGUGAAUGUCCAUGACUUCAUUCGAGUUCUCGGUGUACUGUGACUGUGUGAGCAACCUGGUUCGCGGUAAACGACAAAAUGUAGGAUUCCCAUAACACUGCAUGAGCGAUCGAACACAUUGGGCACACCGUAAUCCGACCAGUGAACGCCCUUCCAACAUAGUGUCAGUCAGUAUCAAGUCACAAGUUUCUGCACAUGCCGUGCAGUCCAUCGAAACCCAACAGCCUGCAUUACCAAGGUGAAUAUCCUUGAUUUCACUAGAGUUCUCGGCCUGUGUGGACAACCUGGUCGCGGUAAACGACAAAAUAUAGAACUCCCAAAACACUUAAUGUGCGAGCAAAAACUGCAGGCAAAUCCAAAAUCUGGAUGUAUGCGUCUGCUGACUAUCUCCUAGCAGUAUUCGCUAGUCCUCCUCCAGGUAGAAAAAGGUCAAUCCGGAACGACCCUAUGUGUUCUCUCCGAUGUAAUGCUCUGUCUCUCUUCUUCGUCUCGGCUGCCUUCUAACCUGCCGAUUUUCUCGGAGCGGUGCCUUCCGGUAGAAUAAAGAGGAAUGAAUACCAACAACACGGCGAUACAGAGAGAUUGCGAUGGCCAUUUCCGGUCCGUUAGUUUUCGUCAGCCAGUCCUACUUCAACUCAAAAAACGGUCAAACCGGCCCCCUCCCCCUGUAUUAGUUGAUAUUUACGUUAGACUGAAACAGAAUAAAUUCUCACCCUUCCCCUUCUAAAAGCAAUCCCAAGACCACUCUUUAUCCUGUGAACGCGGUAACCUCCAACACACCACUCCAACGCCACUUUUCAAUGUCGUUCAGAAUGUCCGCGAGAACGACACCAGUAAAACCACUCCCCCCCAACAACGUUAUCCUCGAUUCGCCGUGCACACUUCUGUACUGUGCAUCGCCGGCAUCUUUUAAGUAUCCCACUUGGCCUGUAUAACCACCAUGAGACAUUAUGAUCAAAUGCCGUACCAUAUCAAUAGAAGUGAAUACUCACUAUUGCUGCCUUCUAGGUUACCACAUUCUCUUUUCUUUUUUAUUACCCACAAAAACAAGGGCGACUGAAAUAGUUAUUUCCGGCUUAGUAGCCGUCGUCAGCCAGUCAUACCCGACCCCGAAGCGUGGAACACCGAGGCUAGAACCCGCGACCUGUUAGUUAGAAGUCUACGCCUCUAACCACUUGGGCUCGAGAGAGAGAGCCCGUAAGGCACAACGGAACGAGUGAGAUCCGUAAGAACGAUCGGCGAGCGCCCCCUACGAUUGUAUUUCCGCUCGAAACCGACAGGGCAACGGACUCGUGAACAUACUCUCAAAUGCACCUUAAAUGGAAUAUGCAACCAAACUGCCGUCCAACGAAGUGAAAAUACUUAGAUGUUUUGGCAGACUUUGAAUAAUUCAUAUUGACAUAACUGUGAAAAACUCGGCGCCUCGGUGGGAUUCGAACCCACGACAGUACGGUGAAGGCUUUAAUACAGCCAACGCUCUAAACACCUGAGCUACGAGGCCCCGCCGGACGACGCGAGUUUAAUCAUAUUUCACAGCUGAAUCAAUUUGAAUCAUUAAAAAUCUGCCAAAACGUCUAGGAAUUACGUGAGCCUGGUAGUUAUCUGUUUGAUUCUAGGUGAAUUACUUAAGAAAUCCUGCUUGGGCAGACAACUUACUGUAUCGCAUUUGGUGGAUUCCAGACGUUGCAGUAGGUUGGGGGGGUAAACUUGAUCCAAAUGUGAUUAAACGCGCGUCGGCCGGUGGGGCCUCGCAGCUCAGAUGGUUAGAACGUUGGCUGUACCUUCACCUUACUGUCGUCGGUUCGAAUCCCAGCGAGGCGCCGAGUUUUUCACAGUUGGAUCAAUAUGAAGUGAAAAUAGUUAACCUAUUGUUGAGAGUAACAUUCCCGAGGUCAGUAAGCCAAGGCAGACGUCUGCCCAACAAUGGUAAGCAAGAACCACGUGCGCAUGUAUUGUAGGGACGUGGUUAUAUUUCCACCUUGUCGAUGUUGGCCUAUUACUUAUGACGCUGCGACACUGCCUACGUGGGUUUGAAAGUGAAGUUCACAACACACCAGGCUGAGCAUGAUUCAUGCUCUAACCGGAUCAACGAACGGUCUUUCUAAGCUGGUUUAGGACACUUUUCACGAGUUCGAUUUGCGUUCUGUCGGUAUUCGCGUGAUCUCUCUCUAGGUACUCUGACCCCCUCAAGAGUCCAGAAAUCAUGAGUCUGAAUGUCAACAGGGCAGGCUCUGGAUUUAAAGCGGGAUGAAAUAAUUCUGUACAAAAAUAAGCGUCUUCCUUUUAUCUGUAAGGCAGAAGCGGUCACGAAGCGUCCGGCAGGAAGCUGAUGAGACUUCGUGUAUUCCACCGGUGAGGUUUGGACGUCUUCCACCACUAACCACGAUUACGGUGGUCCGCAUUCACCGACCGCGGCAUGCGUCUGGAAGUGGGCUGACUGGAGCAGCGUUCUGGCCAUGCCUACUGAAUGUGGCGUCUGAAUGGGCGCUUGGGGCAUCCUCGAGCCCUCCGCUACCGAAACUUCUUCAUAAGGCACCAGGAGGUCAGGAGGAGUGCAAGGCAGGAAAUGCCAAGGCCGCAGAGCGAUCGCUUCGAGGGAGAUAUGGGACGCGCCUUGAAAGAGAAACAGGUCGAGAGAACAGUUAUUUUUGGGUGUGAAAGGAAAUUUUAAUUUCAUGUUCUGCAUGAUAAGCAGCCACGUCCGAGGAAUGAUUAUGCGCGCACUUUUAAUACGUCCUCCAGGACACUGCCGGCCACUGUAACUCUGGGUCAUCCUCACAGACGUCUACUACCUGUGAAUUUGUGUACCCGCUUGUGUGUGGCACGCGUAGACGGUAGUUCAACUCUCUAAGUCGCAGCGCUCACGCCCGCCCUGCAGUGAGUAUGCAAACUGAGGGCGGGGUAGACGCAGCAAGAGCCUAUUUCAACAUCAACAAAGGCAAACUAAGAUCCCGACUGAGUUUCCCACCCCUUCCGCUUCCCUCAGAUGAGCGAACUCAGAUGAGCGAACUAACUGAAGGAAUAACCCGCUCCUCCUCUUAAUUAAACGCUACGCCUCAAUGGUUCUUUCUCACUGUGACCUAUAUGAAAACCUCAGUAAUGUGAGAUGCAAUGCCCUCGUCGCCGUCACCUGGAGUAUGGUUCGAAAGAAACAGAGAGCAUCAGUUUGGCGGCACGCGUAGACUGUCAAGUAACUCCGUCAAUCACUGCGUCCGCGCCCACCUGCGUUAGCUUUCACUUUACACGGCCGUCGGAACAUCGUGGGUGUUGUGAGUGAUGGAGGGAGAGAGGGAGAGGGAGGUGUUGAGAACUACGGCGAAUCCUUACUGUGCCCGAGCUGGCGGUCGUCAUCGUUGUUCUUGAUGGACAAACUAAUGGUUGGUAAGCCUCCUCAGUAUAUUAAUACUUUUCACUGCCAUCAGAACAUCGUGGGUGUUGGGAGAGAGGGAGGGGGAGGUGUUGCGAACUACGGCGAAUCCUUACUGCGCCCGAGCUGGCGGUCGCCAUCGACGUUCUCGAUGGACGAACUAAUGGUUGGUCAGCCUCCUCCCUAUACUAAACACGACACGUGCUUUUGCGGGCAUGGCAGGGUGGCGAGCGUUAUUUCCUGUGAUGGCAAUUGCAGAGACUUCCAAUUCUGUGAAGUCUGCUUUAAUUCGUAUUCUGGACUACUUUCUGAGUGGCACACGUGAGGCGUACAUUAAAUGUGCUACGCCAUGAAAUGUCGGAUCGAAAUGCCGAAAUAUAUCUUCGAAAAGCUAACUGUCGCGCGUCAUAAUCAUAAAAUACUUUGGUUACGUCAGGAUGCCGGCUUUUUAACGAGCGUCCUCCCUGCCGCUUGAAAGAACUACACUAAGGGAAAAAUAACUGCCUAUGUAAUAUGAUUUUCCCCAUUUAUUUUCGAAGCCCUGUAUAUUAAAAUAUUUUUUGUGAAAACGCGUAGGAAAAUAUGCUCAUUGUGCUCAGCUGAUAGCAAAUUACGUCUUCUUCGAAGUUGUCACUUGAAGAAAGAAUAUUUUUUGCUUUUAAAACAGUUUUUAAUUUCGAUAUUUUAAGGUCGCGAAGCUUCUACCCAUAAAGCAUUGUAUCCGUUUAUUUAUUAAUGCUACCUCUAACGUAUUCGGGAAUUGAAGAUGCCUUUUGAAACUAAAAGAUACGCCUUCUUCAAGUGCAAAAUUUGAAAAGACAUAAUUUGCUACAAAAUGAGCAUAAGAAAGUAUACUUUUGCGCUUGUUUUCAAUAAAUUUAUAUCUGGAUGUAAAUGGGUACUGGAAAUAAAUAGAAAAUAAGCAUGCUACUUAAGUGGUCAUUUUUCAUAGAGUGUAGUUUGUGCAAGCUGUCCGAAGGAAGCUCGUCCAAAAACUGGCAUUCUGACGUGACUGAAAUAUUAUAUGACUAUGUCGUGCGAUAUUGAAUUUUACGACCCCUCUUAAGCAUUCUUUUCUAAUCGAAGAUAUAUUUCAGAGUUUCGUCCAAUAUUUCUUCUGUAGACAAAGCGACUCAUUGCCCUCCCUGUCCCAGUCGGUCUGACUGAAUCUUGUCGCUUGAACACGAUGCAAAUUCAGGUCCGCCUUAGCAGAAGCCAGCUGACAGGUAAGCCACCAGUUCACCGCAGCUAGUUCUGGUUCUCUUGGUAAGCUGUUGUUCGCUACAGAAUGGUACUGUUUUCACGUGUUUUACAGACUUUUUCUUCGAGUUAUUCCCGCAAACGCUCUCAAAAAGUGUAAAAGACUUCGGUACGAGUGUAUGUUUAAUGAGGUAGCUUGCUUCCAAAGAGUUUAUAUUCUUACGGAGAAAUUUUGUAUCGUCAAAUUCAUAUAAGGGCGACCGUCCUACUUAAGUAGUUAAGCCAUUUAUACAUGUCCAGUAAAGAAAAUUCAUGCUGUGAAUCGUUUCGCAUGUAGGGUAUCUUUAGGUUUCAAGAAAGUUUUUAAAUUACCGAAUUAUUCUGAACCCAACCAUCAGUUGCACUUGAUCUUAGGGUUUCAAAACUCUAUGCUGUACACUGUCUGCACAGGGGAAAUCCUGUAUUUCCCUAAGCUGUUAAGAGGGCGUCUUAUAUGGCUCAUAAGAUGUUACGAUGGAUGUGGGUCAUGUUGUAAAAUUUAUAAGCAGAAUUAAUAGACGGAUAGAUACGAUGCUGAAUGAAUAGGCAUUUCACGGUCAGGAAACAUUUUAUAACAGUGUUUAUUGCUAUAAAAAUGGAAAGCUACUCUUUCUUUGAGUAUGACAUUUGAAUAAGACUUAAUUUUUUACGAAAGGAACACAGGAAAGAAUAUUUUUUGCAUGUUUUUUACAAAAUAUGUCCUAAUUUACGAGAGUAUCGUAAAUCAAGGGCGAACGUGCCCACUAGUUGAGCAGUCCUUUUCACCGAGUGUAGUCUAUGUGGACGGUCGGAAAGAAGCUCUUUCGAAAGCCGGAAUCCCCUUGUGACUGAAAUAACCUCGAACCAUCCUGCACGACCCAAAUGAGCCGUCCUUUCUAAUUAAAAAUGCAUUUCAGAAUUUUGGUUAAAAUUCCAUGAAAUGGGUCGGCUACUGUAUAUAGUUUGUAAACUUGAUGGAGUAGUAGAAUGUGUAGUUCUAGAAGGAACACAUCAUGUGAAGAGUUGUUCUUAUGUAAACUCAAGUGAAUGUGUGCUCCAAACAGCCGGUGUUCCCGCUCAUUGCUCAUAGUUCAAAGCUGUGUCCACUGAUGGCAGUUGUACGCAUCUGUUUGAGCGCGCCACAUUUUCUGUGCAGAUGUUCAGAUGUCACACUUUUAAACCUAGUUAUGCUGCCAUUUCCUGCGACGAUGCCCAGAAUGUACAGUUUCCCAUCAACUGCCUGAACAGAAUACCUCAUCAGUAAUUUCGAUCAGAUGAGCCUGACUUGCGGUCAUCCAUCCUCCUGGAAAAUGUGUAUAUUUCGAUGUUUGCAAGGUUUAUCCGAUCUGCUUGAAUAAUCAGCGGUCGUGUCAGUCUUUUGGGGCAGUGUUGAGGUACUCAUCCAUUGCCGAUACAGGCGAAGAUGCGAAUUCAAGGAACUAGUCGACCAGAAGAAGAAGAAGAAGAAGAAGAAGAAGAAGAAGAAGAAGAAGAAGGAGAAGAAGAAGAAGAAGAAGAAGAAGAAGAAGAAGAAGAAGAAGAAGAAGAAGUGA